AUGUUUUCAGGCACGAAACUCAUCACAGCUAUAGCUGCAAUAGCCGCUAUACCACUCGUAAAUGCCCUCUCAUCAUCCCUCCAGCAAGUCACCGGCUUUGUCUCAACACCAACAGCACCGACGAUGUAUGUCUACAUACCAACUAACAAACUCGCUUUGGCGCCCAUCGUUGUUGCAAUACACAUGUGUGGCGGCACUGGAUCUGGCUACUUUAGCCAAACCCAGGGAUAUGCUCAAAGCGCGGACAAAUACGGAUUUAUUGUCAUCUACCCAAACCAUCCAGGAUGCUGGGACAUCUCCUCAACACAAACACUUACACACAAUGGUGGUGGUGAUAGCCAGAUUAUUGUAAACAUGGUUAAAUACGCCAUAGCUAAUUACGGCGGCGAUGCAAACAGAGUAUAUAUGACUGGUACUAGCUCUGGAGCGAUGAUGACCAACGUCCUGGCUGGUGCUUAUCCAGAUAUUUUCAAAGCUGGCGUGAUCUAUGGAGGCGUUCCGGAUGGCUGUUUCUAUGUCGCAGGCGCUACUACGGGGUCACCUGGUUGGAAUAGUCAGUGCUCCGGAGGAACUUUAAUUAAGACGGCGCAGCAGUGGGGCGAUCAAGCCCGCGGAUAUUAUCCUGGAUAUUCCGGAAGCCGUCCAAAUUUGCUUAUUUAUCACGGGACCGUCGAUACAACCCUGGCCUAUGCGAAUUUUAACGAGCAGUUGAAGCAGUGGUCCAAUGUGCUUGGGGUAUCAUUUGAUCACAGUGUAGCAAAUACGCCCAUCUCAGGCUAUACAAAAAUGAUAUACGGCGAUGGUACGAAACUGGUAGGCAUCUCUUGCAACAACGUAGGCCACACCCCACCUGUACGAACCGACGACGAUUUGGCAUGGUUUGGUAUUCCAGGUUCUGGAAAUCCUCCAUCGGCAACAACUACCACUGCCCCUUCAGGUACGACAACCACUUCUAACCCGCCCACGACGACAUCAACUGGCACAAAUCCUGGUGCUCCAACUUCGCCCCAUUGGGGACAAUGUGGUGGUAAUGGGUGGACAGGUCCUACAGUAUGCGAGUCACCUUACACUUGCAAGCCCGCCAACGAAUGGUAUUCUCAACAUUAG